AUGGUCGUACACAUCAGCGCCGUCACAGCAGCUGCUCCCCCACCACGACGACGAGGAGGAGAGCGUUCUCGACAGCGACGACUUGGGAUUCACAAGGCGCCGACGAGGCGCUCAGCGAGGCUCUGGCAUUUAUUCAGCGACCACGCAUUGGCAGGUGCAAGGUCCCGAGGACGUGAGCGCGCGGCAGGUGCGGCGGGGGCGGGACAUUCAGGGGAUCCCGUGGGAGUGGCUGCACGUGAGUCGCACGUGAGUCGGGAGAAGUACCGCGCGAUGCGGCUGCAGCAAUACAAGAGCCACAAGAACCUCAACGUAUCAUUAAAUGUUGUGGAUAUGGAAGUGCAGCAGGUAACCACGGGCAUCACGCUCUACGGGUUCGCGUACAUCACGCGUGCAGUCAAGUCCCCCAUCGUGCACUUUCAGCUGCGCACCUCGUGUGCAGGCGCGCGGGGCGCAGGGGGCGCGGGAGGCACAGGAGGCGCGGGAGGCGCGGGGAGUGCAGCAGGCAGGGCGGGUGGGGGGAGCGGAGUGGAGCUGGGGCCCUCUGCGCGCGGGCGAUUUACAGGGGAGCCGUGCCGUCUGCUGCAGGCUCCGCUGGUGCUGGCAGAAGCAGCAGCAGAAGUAACCGAAGCAGGAGAGUGGCGUUAA